CUUUAGGGUUCUCACUGUACUUGCUCCUUUCCAAAUUUACUUGGCACUCGCUGUACCAGUCAGUCCCUUCAGCCGCAAAGGAUGUUUGAUCAUCAUCACAUAUGCAGCUUUACUGAGGUUUCUGUCUGCAGAACAUUUCAUUGACCUCAUAGCCCUUGAAACAGGAACCGGUCUAGAGACAAGGAUAGACUCCCAGCUCUGCUCAAUACAGCCUGUGCUCGGAUAUCAGACUCACCAUUGCCGGGAGACUGCUGGUCUGCACUUGGCUCAGGAUUCUUGUACUUGUUUCCUCUGCCCAGUGUGGAUCUCCCUGUACUUUGGAUUCCUGGGGCUGUGUUCUGUGGUAGCAGGCGGCUGCAUUCUCUUUCUGCACUGGAAGAAGAACUUGCAGUGGGAAGAACGUGCCCAUCAGUGGGUAGAGGUGAUGAGAGCAGCCACGUUCACCUACAGUCCACUGGUGUACUGGAUAAACAAGCGACGUCACUAUGGCAUGAACACAGACGUUAACACUGGCCAUCCCCCUGCUGGCACCAAGACUGAGACUCCAGUCCAGAAUCCAGGUUCUUUGUGGGAAUUGGAUAUCCCUGAAGGCAGGAGCUAUACUGUGCAAGACAGCAGCCCCACGGUUGAGGCCUCUCAUCCCCUGCAACCUGUCCUGGCAGUCCCACAGCAGUCCCUGCCUUCACAAAUACCACAGCCCCAGAAUGGCUCCCCACUCCCAGUUCCCAUCUUUCAGGAGGUGCCCUUUGCCCUAUCCUUCUACAACCUACCUCCCAUGCAGAACCACUCUGUCUCCUAUCCUUUGGUCAACUGUCCUGAAAGGAAUAUUCAUUUCUAUUCCCUCCCAACAAUGGCCCAUGGAGCGAACUGCUUCAAUGUCAAGCCUUUUGCUUCAGAACUGUAGUCUCCUCUUAUUGAGCAUGGGAGCAGCAGGUAACAAAAGCAUAAUAGAAAACAGAGCUGACCUCAAGGAGGUGGUAUUGACAUAGAGGUCAGGGCCCUCUGGAUGUCACAUUAUGAAAGAUUAAAAAAAAAG